CCAACAACUGCCUACCUUUUUUCGACGCUACUGUGCGUGAUAUCGAAUUAUUGGGAAUAGCAAACUUUCUCUUGCAUUUUACCGAAUCAGUGUAUUUUUUAGUUAAUAUUUGAUUUUAAUAAUUCACAAAAGCUGAAAGUCUUUAAGUGGGAAUCUUUAUUGGGUGACGUAAUAAAAAGUUUUUAGAAACCACAUUAAAAAAAAGAAUUCUUAACAAAAAUCAUUGUACUUCUCGAAAACUGAAUAAAUUCUUUUCUUGGAAGAUAAAGAAGUAUAGAAUAGGUUUAGCUAUUACAUUGUCUGAAAGUGGAGUGAAUAAUUAGACGUUUAACGUAUCAUCGUCUCUAUUAAGUUUUAAGCAGUUUUAAUACAUACAGCCGGUUUAUAUUGGAAAUUCUGCGUGUCUGUUUUCAAUUCUUAUCAUUGCCUCAUCAUAAGAAAAGGAUUAUUGGAGCUUGCGUGAUUUAACCAAAUCGGAUAAGUAUUUUCUCUUUCCCUAGUACAUUCAAAGCGAGUCAACUUUUGGCUUAUUAAUCUUACUCCCUUUCUCAUUUUCUUUGCCCUGUAAGUCGAAAGCAGAAGCUUUUCUUUCAGGCGAUAAGAAAGGCGCUGAAGUGUUUCAACGAAAACGAAAAGGACAUUCUUACUAACUUGAGAAAGUUUAGUAUAUUAUCCCUUGGAUUAAGCUACAAUCUUGUAUAUAAAACAAGUUAUUGAUAAUAGAACUUGCUUAAACGGAGAGUUUUAUUCGUUUACGAUUUUGAAGUUUUCUUUGGUAAAUUUGGAAGUCUAAUUUUAUUACAAGCCUUUCCAAGUAUAUUUAUUGAAAUAUCUUUAUUAUACUCUACUAUGUCGGGUGUCAUUUAUUAUAAAUUUAAAUCUCAGAAGGAUCCCUCGCGGGUGACUUUUGACGGUACUGUAGGAAUGUCGGUUUUUGAUGUCAAACGUGAAAUUAUCCAGCAAAAAAAGUUGGGUAGCGGUCUUGAUUUCGAUCUUUUGCUAUAUAAUGCCAACACCAAUGAAGAAUAUGAUGACGAUACGUAUAUUAUUCCCCGAUCUACUUCUGUAAUUGUACGACGUGUUCCUGCUCAAAAAUCUGGCAAAGGUACCGCCGCACGCUAUGUAAGCGGUACACCACGUAUGACUGGAAAUUCGAGGCCAGAAUUAGCCAAAAAACCUGUACCUAUGUUACAGAAGAAACCUCAGCCAACUGCCGGUCCAGCUGGGGAUGCAUCUGUCACGAAGUCGGCUCCAGGUUCAUCAGAAGAAGUUGCUAUUCAACAGAUGUUUCAAGUCUCUAGCGAUCAAUGGCGUGAGACACAGGAUAAAAUGGCAUCUGCUACUCCUAUUUACAAGCCUAAUCAAAGACGCGUUGCGGCGUCCGUUCCCGACAAGCCUCCUCCACCUGGCUAUAUAUGUUAUAGAUGCGGUCUAAAAGGCCACUGGAUUCAAGCCUGUCCUACAAAUUCUGAUCCAAACUACGAUGGCAAACCGAGAGUGAAGAGGACCACUGGUAUUCCACGUUCGUUCCUUAAAAGCAUUGAUGCUCCUGCCGAGGGAGAUACCGCCAAUAUUAUGAUUAACGCUGAAGGAGAAUAUGUAGUUGCACAACCUGACCAAGCAUCAUGGGAGUCCUAUCAAGCUCGAAAAGUAGCCUUGACUGAGAACGAUGUUUAUAAAAUGCAGCCUCCUGACUCGUCAUUGGCCUGUACUAUUUGCAAAAAGCUGGCUAAAAAUGCCCUUCGAACUCCUUGCUGUAACCAGUUAUUUUGUGAGGAGUGUAUACAGACCGCUCUUUUAGAUACUGAUUUUGAAUGCCCCCACUGUCACAAAAAGGAUAUACUGCUCGAUUCUUUGAAAGCCGAUUACCAAGUUCAACGAAAGAUAGAAUCUGUUGUAAGAUCUGUCUUGGGUACCCAUAAUAAAGAAAGCGAAGAUUCCAGUGCUGGCUUCGAUUCUUCCUCUUCCUCCUUAAACGAGAAGAGAAAGCGUGAAGAUGUUGAUGAAGUUAGCAAUCCAUCGAAAUAUAGCGCAAAAUCAUCAGCCAACUAUGCAAAACCAUCUGCUCAACCCGCAUUUCAUCCUGGUAUGCCGAUGCCUGCCGGUAUGCCGAUGCCACCUGGUAUGCCACCGUUGCCUCAUUUGCAGGGUUUUCCGGCACCAUUUCCUCCUUUCAUGAUGCCAGGGUUUCCCCAAAUGCCAAUGAUGAAUAGUAACGAAAUGAGCAACAAUGCAUAUGGUUCUCAAUUCCGCACCAAUUAUAAACCACCAAGUCGCUCUUCUCAUUCCCCUACACCUACAAACUCAACAGUUCAAAAUAACUCUUCAACGAAUAUAACCUAAUAUCAUUUAUGAUGGUUAAAGAUAAGAACGCAUUGUAAAUCGUGACGAACCGUUACAUGACUGUUGGCCUAUAAAUACUUUACUUUUCUUGCCGUAAUGGCAAGUAUUCAAACGGAAUUUUUGCGUGUUGAACAUUGUAUCAAUUUUUUGGAUUCGCAGUUCUGUUUUACUUCUUGGAAUCAAUGUUUGUAAGUCUAGUCAUUCU